GACGGCUCUGGCUCCCAGAGCUCUGGAGGGUCUCAGGCCUCCCUGGAGGGCAACAGGGGACCUUCACCACUUCCUUUGUCUGUGGAGGGUCGUGUCCUGCCAUGACCACGAGGGGAGGGCGUGACGUGGCCGGUCACAAAGGCCAGGUGAGGGUGCGUGAAGUGGCCGGUCAGAAAGGUCAGGUGAGGGUGUGUGAAGUGGCAGGUCACAAAGACCAGGUGAGGGUGAGUGAAGUGACAGGUCAGAAAGGCCUGGUGAGGGUGCGUGAAGUGGCUGGUCACAAAGGCCUGGUGAGGGUGCAUGAAGUGGCUGGUCACAAAGGCCAGGUGAGGGUGCGUGAAGUGGCAGGUCAGAAAGGCCUGGUGAGGGUGCGUGAAGUGGCAGGUCAGAAAGGCCAGGUGAGGGUGAGUGAAGUGGCAGGUCAGAAAGGCCAGGUGAGGGCGCGUGAAGUGGCCGGUCAGAAAGGCCAGGUGAGGGUGCGUGAAGUGGCAGGUCAGAGAGGCCAGGUGAGGGUGAGUGAAGUGGCCGGUCAGAAAGGCCAGGUGAGGGUGCGUGAAGUGGCCGGUCAGAAAGGCCAGGUGAGGGUGUGUGAAGUGGCCGGUCAGAAAGGCCAGGUGAGGGUGCGUGAAGUGGCAGGUCAGAGAGGCCAGGUGAGGGUGAGUGAAGUGGCCGGUCAGAAAGGCCAGGUGAGGGUGCGUGAAGUGGCCGGUCAGAAAGGCCAGGUGAGGGUGUGUGAAGUGGCCGGUCAGAAAGGCCAGGUGAGGGUGCGUGAAGUGGCAGGUCAGAGAGGCCAGGUGAGGGUGCAUGAAGUGGCCGGUCAGAAAGGCCAGGUGAGGGUGCAUGAAGUGGCAGGUCAGAAAGGCCAGGUGAGGGUGCGUGAAGUGGCAGGUCAGAAAGGCCAGGUGAGGGUGCGUGAAGUGGCAGGUCAGAAAGGCCUGGUGAGGGUGUGUGAAGUGGCAGGUCAGAAAGGCCAGGUGAGGGUGCAGCUGAGCCCCGUGACACAGCAGAGGGAGGCUGCUGGCACGGGCAAUGGCCAGAUCGCUGGUUUUUAGAGAGAAGGAAGAUUGGAUUCUUCCCGCCUAAGUCUUCUCAGUUCAGAUUGCCAGCUGAUGGUGAGCUUUGAGCAGAUGUCUGGCCUGGGAGUUGGUGCAGCGGAGGAAGCUUGAGGUCUGAGUCGUCUCUGACAUCGCCUGUGCCAUGGUGAUGCCCUAGUUCUCUCUCCCACUCCUCGCUAUCAGUAAUAAAUCAGCAGACCUUGAAAAAUAGACAGGCAGGGGUCGGGUGCAGCAGGUUAAGCGCCCAGGGAUCCCAGUUCCAGCCCCCGGCUCCCCACCUGCAGGGGGUCACUUCCCAGGCGGUGAAGCAGGUCUGCAGGUGUCUGUCUUUCUCUCCCCCUCUCUGUCUUCCCCUCCUCUCUCCAUUUCUCUCUGUCCUGUCCAGCACUGAAGACAUCAGUAAUAACAACAACAACAAUAAAAAAUAAAAUAAGAUAAAAGAGGGAGAGAGAAAGAGGAAGACGUGGCAGGGUAGAUAGCAUAAAGGUUAUGCUCAUGCCUGGGCUCUGAAGUCCGAGGUUCCAUCUCCUGCACCGCCAUAAGCCAGAGCUGAGCAGUGCUCUGGUUCAAAAUAAAUAAAAUAAAAUAAAGAACGGAGAGAGAAAGAUGCCUGCCACACCUCCCUGUGCUGCUUGGGCUUGAACCAGGGUCAUUCAUGGGUGUCGCCAGUCACCUGCCCUACCCAGC